AUAGUUCGAUGAUUAAGGGAGGCAUUUCAUCCUUCCCUGGGAUUUAAACGCGAGUUAGCAGGGCAGAUGCCCCAACGGAAAAGGCCAGCAUUUACAGACUCAGGCCAGGUGGUGGUCCAAGGCGUCUCAAAGCAGGUGGCCGGAUUUGCGUUACUGAUCAGCAGACUCGAUCCGGCUGUGGCUAUUACGGAAUUGAUGCGUGUACACGCGGUGGGUCAUUAUGCUGCUGCACCUGUGUAGUGUGAAGAAUCUCUACCAGAAUAGGUUUUUGGGCCUGGCUGCCAUGGCUUCUCCAUCUAGGAAUUCGCAGAGCCGGCGCCGGUGCAAGGAGCCACUCCGCUACAGCUACAACCCCGAUCAGUUUCACAACAUGGACAUCAGGAAUGGUCCCCAUGACCCCGUCACCAUCCCCCGCUCCACCAGUGACACUGACCUGGUCACCUCAGACAGCCGCUCUACCCUCAUGGUCAGCAGCUCCUACUACUCCAUAGGGCACUCCCAGGAUCUGGUGAUCCACUGGGACAUAAAGGAGGAAGUGGAUGCUGGAGACUGGAUUGGCAUGUACCUCAUUGAUGAAGUGUUGUCCGAAAACUUUCUGGAUUAUAAGAACCGUGGAGUCAAUGGUUCUCAUCGGGGCCAGAUCAUCUGGAAGAUCGAUGCCAGCUCAUACUUUGUGGAACCUGAAACUAAGAUCUGCUUCAAAUACUACCAUGGAGUGAGUGGAGCCCUGAGAGCCACCACCGCCUGUGUCACAGUUAAAAAUUCAGCAGCUCCCGUUUUUAAAAGCAUUGGCACUGAUGAGACCGUACAAGAGCAAGGAAACCGGAGGCUGAUCAGCUUCUCUCUCUCAGAUUUCCAGGCCAUGGGGCUGAAGAAAGGGAUGUUUUUCAACCCCGACCCUUAUCUGAAAAUUUCCAUCCAGCCAGGGAAGCACAGUAUCUUCCCUGCCCUCCCGCACCACGGACAGGAAAGGAGGUCCAAGAUUAUAGGCAACACGGUGAACCCCAUCUGGCAGGCAGAGCAAUUCAGCUUUGUGUCCUUGCCCACUGAUGUGCUGGAAAUUGAGGUGAAGGACAAAUUUGCCAAGAGUCGCCCUAUCAUCAAGCGCUUUUUGGGAAAGUUGUCAAUGCCAGUUCAGAGACUCCUGGAGAGACACGCCAUAGGGGAUAGGGUGGUCAGCUACACACUUGGCCGCAGGCUUCCAACAGAUCAUGUGAGUGGACAGCUGCAAUUCCGAUUUGAGAUCACUUCCUCCAUCCACCCAGAUGAUGAAGAGAUGUCCCUGAGCACCGAGCCUGAGCCCGCGGGAAUUCGGGACAGCCUCGGGAACAACCCAGUGGCCAGCAGCCGCCCGGAGCCGCCAUGUGAUGCCCCAGGCCCCUCGGACAGCGCGAAGCCAGAGCCGCAGAGUGAGGAGGGAUGUGCCCUAGAAGGUUCAGCAAAGGAGAGCCUGGAGCUGGCCAAGCCCCUGGAGGACGAAGCCAUGGGCACCAAAGCAGAAGAAGACGGUGCGAACCCUGCGGAGCCUGAAAGGCCUGGGGAGCUUCUGGCCUCGGGGCAAGAGGACCCGCUGCCCACCCCGAAUGCUGACGAACCAGCGGCCAGGCUGGACCUGGGGGCUGAGGCACCAGCCGAGCGGCCGCUGGAGGAGGGGGAGGCCCGAGGCAGCCCGGAGGAGCCCGAGGCCCAGGAGGAGGCGCCCCCCAGCACGGGCAGCGAGAGCGACUGGAGCCCGCGGCCCGGCGGCGAGCACUGCUGCGAGGGCUGCGACGCGUCGGGCUACAGCUCGUCGUGCUACAGCCCCUCGUGCUACAGCAGCUCCUGCUACAGCCCCUCGUGCUACAGCCCCUCGUGCCACCCAGGCGGCCACCGCUUCGCCAGCCACGCCCGCUUCUCCUCGGUGGACAGCGCCAAGGUCUCCGAGAGCACCGUGUUCUCCUCGCAGGAGGACGACGACGAGGAGAACAGCGCCUUCGAGUCCGUGCCGGACUCGGUGCAGAGCCCUGAGCUGGACCCCGACGCCCCCAACGGCCCAGGCCAGUGGCCGGACGAGCUGGCUGGCCCCGGCGCCCGAACCGCGGAUGGGCUGGAGUCCCCGGUGGCAGGGCCAAGCCACCGCAGAGAAGGUGAAUGUCCUAUACUCCAUAAUUCCCAGCCAGUCAGACAACUUCCUUCCUUGAGGCCUGAACAUCAUCACUACCCAACAAUCGAUGAGCCUCUUCCACCAAACUGGGAAGCUCGAAUUGACAGCCAUGGGCGGGUCUUUUAUGUGGACCACGUGAACCGCACGACUACCUGGCAGCGUCCUACAGCGGCAGCCACGCCUGACGGGAUGCGGAGAUCAGGGUCCAUCCAGCAGAUGGAGCAACUCAACAGGCGGUAUCAAAAUAUCCAACGAACCAUUGCCACAGAGAGGUCUGAGGAAGAUUCUGGAAGCCAAAGUUGUGAGCAAGUCCCAGCAGGAGGAGGCGGAGGUGGCGGCGCUGGAAGUGACUCUGAGGCUGAAUCUUCUCAGUCAACCUUGGAUCUGAGGAGAGAAGGGUCACUUUCUCCCGUCAAUUCACAAAAGAUCACCUUGCUGCUGCAGUCCCCAGCUGUCAAGUUCAUCACCAACCCCGAGUUCUUCACCGUUCUGCAUGCCAAUUAUAGUGCCUACCGAGUCUUCACCAGUAGCACCUGCUUAAAGCACAUGAUCCUGAAAGUCCGGAGGGAUGCCCGCAACUUUGAACGCUAUCAGCACAACCGAGAUUUGGUGAACUUCAUCAACAUGUUUGCAGACACCCGGCUAGAAUUGCCCCGGGGCUGGGAAAUCAAAACAGACCAACAGGGAAAGUCCUUUUUUGUAGACCACAACAGUAGAGCAACCACUUUCAUCGACCCCCGAAUCCCUCUUCAGAAUGGCCGUCUUCCCAACCACCUGACCCAUCGACAGCACCUGCAGAGGCUCCGAAGUUACAGUGCUGGAGAGGCCUCAGAAGUCUCUAGAAACAGAGGAGCCUCUUUAUUGGCCAGGCCAGGACACAGCCUAGUAGCUGCUAUUCGAAGCCAACACCAACACGAGGCGCUGCCACUGGCAUAUAAUGACAAGAUUGUGGCAUUUCUACGCCAGCCAAACAUUUUUGAAAUGCUGCAAGAGCGUCAGCCAAGUCUGGCCAGAAACCAUGCACUCAGGGAGAAAAUCCAUUAUAUUCGGACUGAGGGUAAUCAUGGGCUUGAAAAGUUGUCCUGUGAUGCAGAUCUAGUGAUUCUACUGAGUCUCUUUGAAGAAGAGAUUAUGUCCUAUGUCCCCCUGCAGGCUACCUUCCACCCUGGGUACAGUUUCUCUCCCCGCUGUUCACCCUGUUCCUCACCCCAGAACUCCCCAGGCUUACAGAGAGCCAGUGCAAGAGCCCCUUCACCAUACCGGAGAGACUUUGAAGCCAAGCUCCGAAAUUUCUACCGGAAGCUGGAAGCCAAAGGAUUUGGUCAGGGUCCAGGGAAAAUUAAGCUCAUUAUUCGUCGGGACCACUUGCUGGAGGGAACCUUCAAUCAAGUGAUGGCCUAUUCCCGGAAAGAGCUCCAGCGGAACAAGCUCUAUGUCACCUUUGUUGGAGAGGAGGGGCUGGACUACAGCGGGCCCUCACGAGAGUUCUUCUUCCUGCUCUCCCAGGAGCUCUUCAACCCCUAUUACGGCCUCUUCGAGUACUCGGCAAACGACACAUACACCGUGCAGAUCAGCCCCAUGUCUGCCUUUGUGGAGAACCACCUCGAAUGGUUCCGGUUUAGUGGCCGCAUCCUAGGUCUGGCUCUGAUCCAUCAGUACCUCCUAGACGCAUUCUUCACGAGGCCCUUCUAUAAGGCACUCCUGAGACUGCCCUGUGAUUUGAGUGACCUGGAAUAUUUGGAUGAGGAAUUCCACCAGAGCUUGCAAUGGAUGAAGGACAACAACAUUACAGAUAUCCUCGACCUCACUUUCACUGUUAACGAAGAGGUUUUUGGGCAGGUAACGGAAAGGGAGUUGAAGUCUGGAGGAGCCAACACCCAGGUCACAGAGAAGAACAAGAAGGAGUACAUUGAGAGGAUGGUGAAGUGGCGGGUGGAGCGCGGUGUGGUGCAGCAGACCGAGGCUCUGGUGAGAGGCUUCUAUGAGGUCGUAGACUCCAGGCUGGUCUCUGUGUUUGAUGCCCGGGAACUGGAGCUGGUGAUAGCUGGUACUGCGGAAAUAGACCUCAAUGACUGGAGGAACAACACCGAGUACCGGGGAGGUUACCAUGAUGGACAUCUCGUGAUCCGCUGGUUCUGGGCCGCAGUGGAGCGGUUCAAUAAUGAGCAGAGACUUCGAUUGCUUCAGUUUGUCACGGGAACAUCCAGCGUCCCCUAUGAAGGCUUCGCGGCCCUGCGAGGCAGCAACGGGCUUCGGAGGUUCUGCAUAGAGAAGUGGGGGAAAAUCACAUCCCUCCCCAGGGCACACACCUGCUUCAACCGACUGGAUCUCCCACCAUAUCCUUCAUACUCAAUGUUGUAUGAGAAGCUGUUAACCGCAGUCGAAGAAACCAGCACCUUUGGACUUGAGUGAAGAAUGUAAACCACUCUCUCCCAGUGACAUCAACUCUUCUGCGAUGAUUCUCCUUUCCUUUAAUCAAUUUCGCUUUGAUUUUGGUAUCCUUGAUUUUCAUUUUCCAACCAAAUCAGGAUUGACAAGAGCUGUGCAUGAAGAACUGCCUUCUUCCAAGAUCUGGCCUCAAGGCUUCUCUCCUCUGUCUUCAACGAACUGCUAGCCUGUAUGCAAUAUUAAAAACCCAAAAGCAGCUGUCUCAAGGUCUGUGUAUAUCUCCACAUACCUCCAUUACUAACAAUGAAAUAUGAAUGCAAGUAAUGCUACACUUGACCAAAUGGUAAUAAAUGUUUACUUCCAUUUAUAUCAUUUAAAGGAACAUUUGAGCAGUAAGCAUUCCAAGCUUUUCUAUGCCCAUGUCUUCUGAGCAGAACCUCCAUUAAAAAAAAAAAAAAUCAUUCUAACCACCAACUCCAGAAUUUAGGAGCUGUGCAACUCUUUGUUUUCUCUCUACUCUCGUCCCACAUAUACCAUCCUGGCAAAGGACAGCAGUGGCAAACCUGAAAUUUUCAUACAUUCAACUCACGACUCAUAUUUGGCACCAGUCCCAUCAGCUGGAAUGAGCCUAGACACAGGUGCAAAUAUGACACUUUCCAACAAAUAUCAACAGCAAGAAAGAUGCCCCCUGCUGACACGAUGUGGUGUGUCCCAGUGGUUGCCGGGAGUGUGGGCUCAAGUUGAAUAGGAGGGGGAGUCACUCCAGUGGAUACUCACCGCACAAGGCUUAUAAACGUGUGCACAUACCCCUGAAGGAAAUCUCCUGAUUAGCGCAGAGGAGCUCCAUAGAAGGCAAUGAAGCAAGCGGGCUAAAAGGAAGAAGGUACAUUGGUUUACAUGCCUGAGUUCUGCACUGUUUUGUUCUGUUUUCACCUAAGUACAGUUUUUCUAGAUACAGUUUUCCUUUCUUUCACAAAAGAAAAAUGUAAAAAUACAGGUAAUCUCGUGACUUUUGUUAAAGCCAGGUAUUACUUAAUUCACAGGUAAAUUUUUUUUAACUUGAAUCUUGCUUUUGAUGUGCACAUGUCAUGGUGUUUAAUUCCUUCACCUGCGAUUGUCCACAGGGACCACACUAAAUAAAAAGCUGCAGAGAAUGACGGUGCUUGUUAGGGAUCAAGGGCAAGGGCAAUCUUCGACUUCUCCCUCACCCAUCGCAAUCUCGCUGAAGAAGAAACCUAACGCCCCAAAGGCACCUUGAUUUGUGUCAAAAUAAAUAUCCCAUUUCUUUUAGCAUUUAGUAAAAAGAUAUCUCAGAAAAGCCGAGUGUUUUCAGAAAAACAGUUAUCGGCUCCAAAGACAGCCUAACCUCUUGGUUGUGUUUGAAAUCAACCCAAUCAUAAUGGUCACUUGCUAUUUUUCUAACCUGGUUGUCCAUGUUGUUUGAAAUAUGUCUUAAAUGAAAGUGUUUGUCUUCACUGGGAAAAGAAGAGCUAAAGGACCCACGAGUUAAAGAGCACCUGGCUGUUUUCAAGAGACAGACUAAGGGUGGAAUGUGAGAAAUGUAAAGCAAGGUUAAUUUCAUAUGGAGUCUUGCCUGGACCACCAACUGCCGUCAAAGUGAUUCUGACUCAUAGCGACCCUGUAUAGGGUUUCCGAGGCUGCAAAUCUAAACAGGAGCAAACAGCUUCAU